CCCAGCGCCCGCGGCGUGCGCCCGCGGGAGCCGGGGGAGACCAGCAGCAUCGCGGAGCUGCAGGAGGCGGCGGGAGCCGGAGCUCCGACCGGCGUCUGGGCGGCGCCGCAGGGCACUGAGGACUUCUACCUGGGAGACAGAAGUCGCUUCUGACCAGCUUUCCUCGUCAGGUGGCCCGGAUGGACUCCCUGGAAAAGAUGACGAGCAGCAGUGAGCAGAAAUCCAGAAAGUUUUUGAAAAGCCUCAUCCAGAAACAGCCGCAGGAGCUGCUCCUGGUGAUGGGGACCGGCGUCAGUGCGGCGGUGGCCCCGGGCAUCCCCGCCCUGCGCUCCUGGAGGAGCUGCCUGGAGGCCGUCCUGGAGGCGGCGGAGCAGCUGGAGGUGCUGCACCCCGGGGACGUGGCUCGCUUCCGCAGGAAGGUGACGAAGGACCGGGACCUGCUGGUCGUGGCCCACGACCUGAUCCGGAAGAUGUCCCCUCGGACGGGCGACACCAAGCCCAACUUCUUCCAGGACUGCCUGAUGGAGGUCUUCGACGACCUGGAGCGGCACAUCCAGAACCCGCUGGUGCUGCAGGCCGUGCUCGGCCUGAUGGAGAGGGGCACGCUGGUGCUCACCACCAACUACGACAACCUGCUGGAGCUCUUCGGGCAGCAGCAGAACAAGCCCAUGGAGUCCCUGGAUUUGAAGGACAAGACCAAGGUCCUCCAGUGGGCAAGAGGCCACGUGAAGUACGGAGUCCUGCACAUCCACGGCUUGUACACGGACCCCUGCGGGAUGGUGCUGGACCCCUCGGGGUACAAGGACGUCACUCAGGACCCGGAAGUGAUGGAGGUGCUCCAGAGCCUGUACCGCACCAAGUCCUUCCUGUUCGUGGGCUGCGGGGAGACGCUGCGGGACCAGAUCUUCCAGGCGCUCUUCCUGUACUCGGUGCCCAACAAGGUGGACCUGGAGCACUACAUGGUGGUGCUCAAGGAGGGCGAGGACCAGUUCUUCAAGCACCAGGCCGACAUGCUGCUGCACGGGAUCAAGGUUGUGUCCUACGGCGCCAGCUUCGACCACUUCCCGGGCUACGUGCAAGACCUGGCCUCGCGGAUCUGCCGGCAGCGGAGUCCAGACGCUGACCGAGUGGACAGCACCACACUGCUGGGGAGUGCGUGUCAGGGCUGUGCGAAGAGGAAGCUGGAAGAGAACGGAACUGAAGUUUCGAAACAACUCCGACAGUCAGAUGAUGCUGGAGCAUCUUGAAAUUUUUAAAACCAGUAAAACCUGUGACUUGAAGACCAGCCUUCGGUAACCGCAGCGCCGCACCCGAACUCCACACGGAUCUUCGCUUCUAAACUGUCAUGCUCCCCGAGAGGGCCCUGCGGGGGUGUGGCCCGAGGAGGCUGGGUGACAGUCCCCCGUGUGUGUCUGACUGCCUGGGGGGUGAAGCGUGCACACUCGAGGUGCCCUUUGUGAGGGCUGGCGGACAACUACCUCAGGGGCCCGAUCGGCAGGAAGGACGGUGCCCGGUAUCCUGGGCUCCCACUUGACACCCCGCCUUUGUCAAAGUGGGUUUUCUAAUAAAAGGGAGAGAGUGAAGACUGUCCAAGCAACAGUAGUUGCCAAAGAGAAAAUAAAAAACUAAACUCUUAAUUUUAUAGUUUUUAUGCAGAAACUCUAUUCCUAUAGAAAAACUUUUCAGGUGUGUUUGUUAUAUUGUAAUAUAGUAAGAAUAUUCGAGGCAUUGAGUCUCCCAGUGAGAGUGGUAUGACUUUUAAAAGAGUGACUAGACCAGUAGGGCUUCUUUGGAAUUCCAUAAUCUCAGUAGCUUCAGUUCCGAAGAAGCGCAAGUCUGACUACCGCGAGAAGCGGAGUCAC